UCCUCCUUGUGCAGUGCAACAGGUCUACAACUAACUACCAUUACCUACACUCCAGCAAACACAAGCGAUUGCUAUAAUAUUUGAGUAAAUAUUAAUUUGCAAUGAUAUUUCGGGCAGCGGUGGAGCAUGCCAAGAAGCACCCUGGCCUGAUCCCCCAGUUCUUCUUCAUCUGUUUGGGAAUGGGCGGGGCUUGUCUUUACCUGAUCCGAUUGGCCAAAGGACCUCAUGUGACCUGGGACAAGACCAAUAAUCCAGAACCCUGGAAUAAACUUGAUCCCACGUACCAGUACAAGUUUGUGGCUAUCACUACUGACUACAAGAACCUGAAGAAGGAGGGACCAGAAUUCUGAAUUUGACCACCAUCCAUCACUACACUAACUAAUCAAUGCAAUUAACCAACUAACUAACUAACUAUCCACUUUCAUUUCAAUACUGAAUAAGUCACAGAAUUGAUAACAUCAUGGUCAUUGUGUUCAUCUCAGAGAAUAAAAUACAAAAUGAACAUGACAUCCCUCAUGCUCUCAUCUGACUUAAUAAUGAUGAAGUCAAUGUGUCAUUCUAUCAAGACAUGUGGUGAGGUUCACUGCUGGUCUGGCACUGACUCUUUUUUUAAAUGUUAAUACAGGUUGCUCAUUAAGAAGAUGACAAGGAAAAGAAGAGAAUAAUUCAGUUUGGUUAAAAACAUUGUUUCCAAAUGCUUCUUAGUUCCAUUUAUUUAGCUUUAUGAACUGAAAAACAUUUGUGUUCUUACCUAGCUCGAUUAGGUUCAUGUUGUCUUCGAAAAUGAAAGUUCAAUUUCUUAUGUUCAGACUUUUUUUAAGGUAUGUUGAGUGGAAAAUUGACCUCGACGAUGUUUUGACCAUCAUCUGCAGUCUUCAGAAGGGUCAGCCGGCGCUUA